AUGGAGAACAUGAUGCAGGGCAAUAAGAUCAGACGAGUUGCAGCUACUCGCAUGAAUGAGAGGUCAUCUCGAUCACACACGAUUUUCCGGAUUAUUCUGGAGUCGAAAGAUGCCAAUCAGAAAGAUGGACCUGUACAUAUAAGCUACCUUAACUUAAUGGACUUAGCUGGUUCUGAGAGAGUUUCUCUGACGAAAGCUGCUGAUGUAUAUGGAUCUGUAGUAAAACCUUUAGUCGAUUCCUUCAUGGAAGGUUUCAAUGCCACAAUAUUUGCAUAUGGCCAAACAUCUUCUGGCAAAACACACACCAUUUUGGGCAAUAAAACAGAUCCUGGGCUUUUCCAAUUAGUAUCCAAUCAGUUAUUCCAGCAUGUGGCAGACCAGGUUGAUAAGAGGUACUUGAUUAGAUGCAGUUAUAUUGAAAUCUACAAUGAAAAGAUCAAUGACCUCCUGGAUAAGAGCAAUCAGGGUUUAACUAUAAGAGAAGAUAUCAAAGGAAAUGUGCUGCUUGAUGCAAGGGAAGCUGUCGUAGACAAUGUUGAUAAAGUUAUGGAGAACAUGAUGCAGGGCAAUAAGAUCAGACGAGUUGCAGCUACUCGCAUGAAUGAGAGGUCAUCUCGAUCACACACGAUUUUCCGGAUUAUUCUGGAGUCGAAGAUGCUAAUCAGAAAGAUGGACCUGUACAUAUAA